AUGGUGCCCUUGCCGGCUCUGUGGCUGGCCUGUGCUCUGCUAGGAGUGGCCGGAGCGUGCCCAGAGCCAUGCGCCUGCGUGGACAAGUACGCGCACCAGUUUGCCGACUGCGCGUACAAGGAGUUGCGCGAGGUGCCCGAAGGACUGCCGGCCAAUGUGACCACGCUUAGUCUGUCGGCCAACAAGAUCACCGUGCUGCGGCGUGGGGCCUUCGCCGACGUCACGCAGGUCACGUCGCUGUGGCUGGCGCACAAUGAGGUGCGCACCGUGGAGCCGGGCGCCCUAGCGGUGCUGAGCCAGCUCAAGAACCUCGAUCUGAGCCACAACCUCAUAUCCAGCUUUCCGUGGAGCGACCUUCGUAACCUGAGCGCGCUGCAGCUGCUCAAAAUGAACCAUAAUCGUUUGGGGUCGCUGCCCCGGGACGCACUCGGUGCGCUGCCCGACCUGCGCUCCCUGCGCAUCAACAACAACCGCCUGCGCACGCUGGCUCCUGGCACCUUCGACGCGUUAAGCGCGCUGUCACAUCUGCAACUCUAUCACAACCCCUUCCACUGCGGUUGCAGCCUUGUGUGGCUGCAGGCCUGGGCCGCAAGCACCAGGGUCUCCUUACCGGAGCCCGACUCCAUCGCGUGCGCCUCGCCGCCCGCGCUGCAGGGGGUGCCGGUGCACCGCCUGCCCGCCCUGUCCUGUGUACCACCCAGCGUGCGUCUGAGUGCUGAGCCGCCGCCUGAGGCUCCGGGCAGCCCCUGGCCCGCCGGCCUGGCGCUCAGGCUACACUGCGUCGCCGAAGGACACCCCACACCCCGCCUGCAAUGGCGACUUCAGAUCCCUGGCGGCACCAUAGUCUUAGAGCCUCCCGUCCUGAGCGGGGAGGACAAUGGGGAUGGGGCGGAAGACGGAGAGGAGGAAGGAGAUGGGAACGGGCCCACACAGACGGAGGCCCCAACCCCGACUCCAGCACCCGCUUGGCCCGCGCCCCCAGCCAACCCGCGCUUCCUGGCCCUCACAAACGGUUCCCUGUUGGUGCCCCUCCUGAGUGCCAAGGAAGCAGGUGUCUACACCUGCCGUGCCCACAAUGAGCUGGGCGCCAACUCCACGUCACUGCGCGUGGCAGUGGCGGCCGCUGGGCCCCCAAAGCACGCUCCUGGCGCUGGCGGAGACUCUGAAGGGCAGGCCCCUACUUCUGAGCGCAAGUCCACAGCCAAAGGCCGGGGCAACAGCGUUCUACCCUCCAAGCCCGAGGGCAAAAUCAAAGGCCAAGGCCUGGCCCGGGUGAGCGCCCUCGGGGAGACGGAGGCGGGGCCGGAGGAGGAGGAGGAGGCAGGUGAGGGAGAGGAAGCAGAAGACCAGGUCUCUGCGGAUCCCGUGGAGGAGCAACACUGUGGCCACGGGGACCCGUCGCGGUACGUGUCCAACCACGCCUUCAACCAGAGCGCAGAGCUCAAGCAGCACGUCUUUGAGCUGGGUGUCAUCGCGCUGGACGUGGCGGAGCGCGAGGCUCGGGUGCAGCUGACGCCGCUGGCGGCGCGCUGGGGAUCCGGGCCCGGCGGGGCGGCUGGAGCCGGGCGGCCCGGGCGGCGGCCGCUGCGCCUGCUCUAUCUGUGCCCUGCGGGGGGUGGCGCAGCAGUGCAGUGGUCGCGCGUGGAGGAGGGCGUCAACGCCUAUUGGUUCCGCGGCCUGAGGCCCGGCACUAACUACUCAGUGUGCCUGGCGCUGGCAGGCGAGGCCUGCCACGUGCAAGUGGUGUUUGCCACCAAGAAGGAAUUGCCCUCGCUGCUGGUUAUCGUGGCGGUGAGCGUGUUCCUCCUGGUGCUGGCCACCGUGCCCCUGCUGGGCGCCGCCUGCUGCCAUCUUUUGGCCAAACACCCGGGUAAGCCUUAUCGUCUUAUACUGCGGCCACAGGCCCCUGACCCCAUGGAGAAACGCAUCGCCGCCGACUUCGACCCGCGUGCCUCCUACCUCGAGUCCGAGAAAAGCUACCCGGCAGGCGGCGAGGCAGACGUCGUGGAGCCAGAGGAGGCUCCCGGGGAGGGCCUCGACGAAGACGCAGAGCAGGGGGACCCAGGUGGGGACCUGCAGAGGGAGGAGAGUCUGGCGGCCUGCUCACUGGCGGAGUCCCAGUCCAAGGCCAACCAAGAGGAGUUCGAGGCGGGCUCUGAGUACAGUGAUCGACUGCCCCUGGGCGCCGAGGCGGUCAACAUCGCCCAGGAAAUUAAUGGCAAUUACAGGCAGACGGCAGGCUGA